UUAAGUUUCCCAAACUCAAGUUCUAGCUGUUUUAAGGUUUCAUUAUGGCCGCAGCUGGCUCCUCAGGUAUCGCUUCCUGGUUCAUUUUAGGUCUGUUAAUCACACUGGGGAGUGUUGCUCCUCGAGCUGAGGCAAGGGCGUUCUUUGUGUUUGGUGAUUCGCUUGUCGAUAAUGGCAACAAUAACUACCUUGCCACUACUGCACGAGCUGAUUCAUACCCGUAUGGCAUUGACUAUCCUACUCAUCGACCAACUGGUCGUUUCUCCAAUGGACUUAACAUUCCCGAUCUUAUCAGUGAGCAAAUUGGCAUGGAACCCACAUUGCCAUACUUGAGCCCAGCACUCACUGGAGAGAGGCUUCUCGUCGGUGCAAACUUUGCUUCUGCAGGGAUCGGAAUUCUCAAUGACACUGGAAUCCAAUUUCUGAAUAUUAUCCGAAUCACCAGGCAGUUGCAGUAUUUUGAGCAAUACCAGCAGCGAGUCAGUGCACUUAUUGGAGCUGAGCAGACUCAACGACUGGUAAACGAAGCCCUUGUCCUCAUCACACUUGGCGGCAAUGACUUCGUCAACAACUACUAUUUGGUGCCCUUUUCUGCACGAUCUCGCCAGUUUUCUCUUCCUGAUUACGUUGUGUAUCUUAUUUCUGAGUACCGCAAAAUCUUACAGAGGCUGUAUGAAUUAGGAGCACGUCGGGUUUUGGUCACGGGAACUGGGCCAUUGGGUUGUGUCCCUGCGGAGCUGGCUAUGCGUAGCAGAAAUGGUGAAUGUUCAGUGGAAUUGGAACGAGCAGCUGGCUUGUUUAACCCACAACUUGUCCAACUGAUAAACAAUCUCAACAGCGAAAUCGGAUCAGAUAUUUUCGUUGCUGCAAAUGCUUUUGAUAUGCACAUGGACUUCAUCAGUAACCCUCAAGCAUAUGGGUUUGUGACAUCAAAAAUAGCGUGUUGCGGACAAGGACCCUACAAUGGCAUUGGCCUCUGCACAAUCGCCUCAAACUUGUGCCCCAACAGAGAUUUGUAUGCAUUUUGGGAUCCAUUUCAUCCAUCAGAGAAGGCCAACAGAAUUAUCGUACAGCAGAUCAUGACUGGAUCCACCCAGUAUAUGCAUCCGAUGAAUCUCAGCACCAUUAUGGCUUUGGAUUCCAGGGUUUAAGAGAUUAUAUUAUAUGGUUACGAUAUUGUCAUCUAUAAAUAUGGUAGUGUUGCUGCUUAUUCUUCAUUGCGGUGUCUUAGUUUGGUUUGUUUGUGGUGAAAUGUUUAAUUAGUUUUUAUGUGGCUUGAAUUUGUCUGCAGUAUUAGCAAGCAUUUGUGGGAUUCUUCAAUCAAAUAAUAUAGCUUGACAUUUGUAAUGGUCAUCAAGUGGGCAGAUUGUUGUUCAUCUUUACGUUUGUAAUCUAAGCGUUAUGAGUUUAAUUUCAUUUUCCC